GGGCGGAGACGCCGACAGCCUCGUAUCAAAAACAAGCAGCUAAGUAGCGUUAGCUCGUAGCAACGUUAUCUGCAGACCAACAGUUGGCCCGCAGCUGGCUGCUCGGCACUUAACUUCUGGAAAACAAUUCUCCCAGCAGAACUAAGUCAACACCUCUGGUCGGAAUUACUUUCGCUUAACAGUCAUGGCGUGUGGAGCCACCCUGAAGAGAACCAUGGAUUUUGAUCCACUGAUGAGCCCCGCGUCCCCCAAAAGACGGAGAUGCAUCCCGGUGGCCCCAUCGGCUUCCUCCCCGAGGCGGUACCUCAGCAUGGAGCCCUCGCCAUUUGGAGAGUCAUCGUCCAGACUCAGCGCAGAACAAAUCCUGAACAACAUAAAACAGGAGUACAAACGUAUUCAGAAGAGGAAACACCUAGAUGGAGUUUACCAACAACCAGAAUGCUGCUACUCUCCAGAAUCCCCCUCCCAGUUAUCCUUGAAUGUAUCCAGCAUGCCAGGGACGUCUUCAGGCGGCGUCUCUCCGACCAGAAAAGAACAGCCGCUGUUCACGCUCAGGCAAGUUGGGAUGAUCUGUGAACGCUUGCUCAAAGAGCGAGAAGACAAGGUGCGGGAGGAAUAUGAGGAGACCAUGACUUCAAAACUGGCAGAACAAUACGACACCUUCGUGAAGUUCACACACGACCAGCUAAUGCGGCGGUUCGGGGAGCAGCCUGCCAGCUAUGUUUCCUGAGUGUGGCACAGAACCGUCCGCAACAAGACCUCCUCCUCCUGCUGCAAGCUGUCAUGUGAUAUCUCAAAGAAAAGAAAAGUUCUCAUCCCAAGAGAUUUAAUUUAGCUAGUUUAAAUGAAACUUUUCUGACCGUGCCAUUUAUCCGUCUCUGGGCGACGACGCGAAGCGGCGGCUAGCGGCUUCCUGGUGUAAAUUAAUGGACCCUAUCUCUACGAGUGGCCUCUGUUCCCUGUUAUCUCACUUUUUGUAUCGAUUCCCAGCAUUCCAGGCUUUGUCUGUUGUUUCUAUUACGUGUAAAUACAAAAGAGGCGCUGGAGAGUUUUACAAGGUUUGCUGGUCAAUCUGAAAGGAAGAGAAACAAGUCGGUGUUUUUCAGCCGUCUGUCCCUCAUUUAUUGCUUUUUAAAUUAAACACAGUAGGUAACUUCUGUUUUUUUGUUUUAUUCCCACCAGUGUCUGUAUUUAUUUUAAAGUUUCUUUUUCCCAGCUGGUAUCAGUUUGCAACCGAUGUACUUUAGUGGAGAAAAACAAACAAAAAAAAAACAAUAAAUCGAGAGUUGAGAAUCUU